AUGUCAGCACAACAACCUGAUAUCACUUUUUACACUGCUGCAACUCCUAAUGGUCAAAAAGUUAGUGUCACUUUAGAAGAGUUGGGGUUACCUUAUAAAACUUACGCUAUAACGCUUAGCAAAAAUGAGCAAAAGGAACCAUGGUUUUUGAAGAUAAAUCCGAAUGGAAGAAUUCCCGCGAUUAUCGAUCACUCUCGCAACGAUUUUAACGUAUUCGAGAGCGGUGCAAUAAUGCGAUACUUGUGUGAGCAUUACGAUAAAGAAGGAAAAUUGCUUCCAAAAGAUGACGCGAACUUACGAUCCGAAGUUGAUCAGUGGCUGAUGUUCCAAAUGAGCGGUAUUGGUCCAAUGCAAGGACAAGCAGGCCAUUUCUGGCGCGAAAAAGAGAAAAUUCCAUACGCUAUCAAACGAUAUGUCGAAGAGACCAAACGACUUUAUCAUGUAAUUGAAACUCGAUUAGAGGGUAGACAAUACCUUGUCGGUGACUCUUUGACAAUAGCCGACAUUGCAAACUUUACGUGGCUGAUCUAUCACGCGUCGAUUGGCAUCACUUUAGACGAAUACCCGAAUAUUGCCGCUUGGAUAGACCGUAUAUAUGCAAGAGAGGCCGUAAAACGUGGUCUGGAUGUACCAGUAAAAGGUAAAUUUACUGGAAGAGAUCCCAAAAAGGCAGAAGAGGUAGCAGCGGAAGUUCAACAAUGGAUCAAGAAAGCAGAAACAAAGAUUUAG